CUUAAUCUAGACCGUCGCACUGGGUACUUGAAGGGAUAUGCCUUGAUCGAAUAUGAAACCUACAAAGAAGCCCAUAUGGCUAUAGAACAAAUGAAUGGAACCGAGUUGCACGGACAGAAGAUCCGCGUGGAUUGGGCUUUUGUCAAAGGUGCAACAGCUAUGCGCAGUACCAAACGUGAAAGGCAUAGAAGCCGUAGCAGGUCUCGAGAGAGAAUUCGAAGAUAA